AUGUUCAAAAAUACAUUCCAAAGUGGUUUCCUGUCUAUACUCUACAGCAUUGGCAGCAAGCCCUUACAGCUCUGGGAUAAGACUGUUAGAAAUGGACAUAUCAAACGCAUUACUGACAAUGAUAUCCAAUCGUUGGUGUUGGACAUUGUAGGCACAAACAUCAGUACAACAUAUAUUACAUGUCCGGCCGAAAAAACCAAGACUCUAGGUAUCAAAUUACCAUAUCUAAUUAUGAUCGUCAAAAACAUGAAGAAAUAUUUUACUUUUGAAGUGCAGAUUCUUGAUGAUAAGAACAUUAGACGCCGAUUUCGAGCGAGUAAUUAUCAAUCAACAACUAGAGUUAAGCCAUUUAUUUGUACAAUGCCCAUGCGUCUGGACGAAGGUUGGAACCAGAUACAAUUUAAUCUAGCAGAUUUCACAAGACGUGCUUAUGGAACCGGAUAUGUAGAAACAUUGAGGGUACAGUUGCAUGCCAAUUGCAGAGUCAGACGAGUUUAUUUUAGUGAUAGAUUAUAUUCUGAAGACGAAUUACCUGCGGAAUUCAAACUAUUUUUACCAGUUCAAAGUAAAGUCGACCACAGACAGAGAGUAGAUUGA